CAUGCAUAUAAAGCUUGCAAUGCAUUUAAAUCUGUCAGUUGUCCUCUCUUCCUUUUCUGGUUUAAUCGUUAAUAGCUGACCUGUGGUGAUGUAACAAUUCUUCAAUCUUCACAGCUUUCUCUGCGUUACAUGAUUCUUGGCUAUAUCCAAGCACAAACGAUGAGAGGGGCUGAGCCCCCCACCCCAAUUUUUUCGAAAAUUUUAACAAUGGGGGCUGAGCCCCCCCACCACUAGAUCCAUUGGUUCAUCAGACACUUGUGGGCUUGCUUUUAUUGCGAGACACAUCAGAUAUACAUACUGUCUAUAUCUACUGAGGAGCCACUACUUGGAGGCUGAUUCUUCAAACUAUAAUUUUUUUAAAUAAGUCGCAUUUCUAGAUGUAAAAUCAUGAACGACAUUCUUAAAACACCGAUAUAAUUGACGACUAAUCGUUCAUUUUUCUGGUCUUGAAAUGAUUCAUCGAUGAUUCAGCUUUGCGUUUCGAUCAAAAUGGAAGCACCGCUAUUACCAUCAUUGCAAACAAAACUUUAUCACCAUAGAAACCGUGCAAGUAAUGAAAAAAUACAAAGGCAUUAAACGAUGCAUAAAACGGCAGUUACAUUUCUUAGUUUGAUUUUAAUAAUGAAUCAAUUGCACGGCAAGACCUAAGGAAGAGGCAUUUGAAUGCCACAACAAAUUGUAAUGCCAUAACAAUAACUCUGCUGUUUGAAAAGCCACGAAAGAUUGUUUUCCUUGUUGCUAAAGAUCAUUCUGAAUGUCUUUAUUCUGACAUAAAAGUUAGAGCUUUAACUAAAGCAGACUGAAAACAAUUCUAUACGCCAACGUUGAACAAGAAAUGAGGGGUACACAGUGGUUGCUGCUUUUAGGAGCUCUCUACGUUGCAUUCACAAACUGCUUAGGCAAAGAUGCUAACAACAAGGAAGUACUCUAUGAUAUUGAAGUGGACAUCGAUCGCAUACUUGAUACACAAACGGUUGUGGCCACAACUGAUGCAGAUAAAAAUGACCCAAGCACGAUUGACGUCGCUGCGUUCAACGUAAGAAUUUUCGGCAGAACGAAGGCGUCGAGCUCUUUCGUAAUGGGCAAACUCGUGAAGAUUGUUCUCCGCUAUGAUUUAAUUUUGAUCCAAGAAAUCCGCGAUUCAUCGGAAACAGCCAUUCAGAAGCUGCUGACAGACGUCAACAACAGUGGAUCAAAAACAUAUGCUUUGGUACAGAGUGAUCGACUUGGAAGAACAUCGAGUAAAGAGCAGUACGCGUUUUUGUACAGGUCAGAUAUCUUCACCAUUGGCAGUCAUUAUGUCUAUGAUGAUUCAGCAAACGAUGUAUUUGAAAGAGAGCCGUUUGUGGUCAAAUUCAACAGCAAUAUCAUGGCACUGUCUUCGUUUAUUGCGAUUGGCAUUCACACAUCUCCAAGUGACGCUGAAUCGGAGAUUGAUCAUCUUGUUGACGUCUAUAACGAUGCUAAGAGUCGCCUGGGCACGAGUGACGCAAUAAUCAUGGGCGACUUCAAUGCAGGAUGCAGCUACGUGAGUGACUGGUCAUCCAUUAGAUUGGCAACUGAUCGCCGAUUCUAUUGGCUCAUCAAUGAUGUUGAAGACACCACAUCAAGCAAUACCGAAUGUGCCUAUGAUAGGCUUGUUGUUGCUGGAAAAAACAUGAUCGAUGCAGUCGACCCUUUGAGUCCUUCAGUUUUGCACUUUGAUUCAGAGUUUGGCCUUUCUUCUAGCGAGGCUUUAAAAGUCAGUGACCAUUACCCAGUCCAGAUGAAAAUUCGAACAAAACAAGAUUCAGAAAGAACUUCACUUACAAGGAUGAUUAAGGUAGAAGACAAAGGAAGCAUCACUGCCAUUCCUACGGUACCACUGAAUCCUCAAGGGUACAUCGUGGAACGCCUCUUUGGUGCAACAGGAACUCUUCUGGGAUUCCUACUGAAAUUCCAAGCUUCAGACCUCGCUCAAGGUAUCGUAAACCUAAAAAAACUGAAGACAGAUAUGGAUCCGUUCGUUAGCUCAAUUCAAAUCAGCUCUGCAGAACGACAACUGAAGGAUAUCUCAAUGGUUAAGUUCCUGCCAAAGAACAACGGUGUGUACUUCACACUUCGGGAUUAUUAUCAAGGGGUCCCGCGGCUCUACACGGUCAGCGCAAAAUGUGAAAUCGCAAAAAAGAGAUGCAUGGUGAUGGAAGAAGUGCAAAAUGCUUUAUCCCCAUAUGAAAACGUUUCAGUUUGCAGUAGACCAGAUCGCAACAUGACGGUAUCUAAUGUUCUUUGGUUUGCAGCUCUAAUUUUCACAAUAUCUUGCGGGGUUGUGGCCACAGUUGGUGAAGAAAAUGACCCGAGAACUAUUGACAUUGCAGCAUUCAACGUACAAAUUUUCGGCAAAAAGAAGGCGUCAGAGGCGAAGAUAAUGGACACACUCGUGAAGAUUGUUCUCCGCUAUGAUUUAAUUUUGAUCCAAGAAAUCCGCGAUUCAUCACAAACAGCCAUUCAGGAGCUGCUGACAGCCGUCAACGAAAGGUUAGUUAAGAAUACUUAUCAAUUGGAAGAGAGUGAACGACUUGGAAAUUCAAUCAGCAAAGAGCAAUACGCAUUUCUGUACAGAUCAGAUAUCUUCACCGUUGGUAGAAAAUAUGUUUAUGGAAGUAGAGAAACGAAAAAUCCAGCAAAGAAAAAAAAAACUGGGUUUGAAAGGCCGCCGUUUGUGGUCGAAUUCAAAAGCGAUAUCUUGGCACCGUUUAUUGCGAUUGGCAUUCACACACGUCCAGAUGAUAAAGGAAGUAUCACUGAAUCGGAGAUUGAUCUUCUUGUCGACGUCUAUGACGAUGCAAAAGAUUACCUGGGCACGAGUGACGCAAUAAUCAUGGGCGACUUCAAUGCAGGAUGCAGCUACGUGAGUGACUGGUCAUCCAUUAGAUUGGCAACUGAUCACAGAUUCCGUUGGCUCAUUAAAGAUGAUGAAGAUACCACACUAAGCACCAGAAAAUGUCCCUACGAUAGGCUUGUUGUUGCUGGGCAAAACAUGAUCGAUGCAGUUGACCCUUUGAGUCCUUCAGUUUUUCACUUUGAUUCAGAGUUUGGCCUUUCUUCUAGCGAGGCUUUAAAAGUCAGUGACCAUUACCCAGUCCAGAUGAAAAUUAAAACAAAACAAGGUUCAGGAACGGUGAUGGAAGAAGUGCAAAAUGCUUUUUAACAUCUACAGAUGACAGUUUUGAAUUUCAUAUGCAUAGAAGAAUUGCUUCUUUGCAAAUGUUUCAAGGUUGUAAUAGAAACAUUUCGUGAAACUGAGUAAUUGUUCAAUGUAAUUUCUCUGGUAUCCAUUA